CAUUGAACAUUCUUAUGACUGAGACAAAACAUUCAUUAUUAUGUAAUAUGUCCAUAUUAUUUUUCUUCAAACUUGUAAGUUAUGGUUUUCUUCCAAUUAUUCUAGGUUCCUUUUCCUCCGCCGUCUCGUGCAUCAUUCACGAUAUGUCUUUGUGCAACUCAGCGAAAACUGUAGUGUUUUGGGACAUGGAGGAUUGCCCAAUCCCUGAUGGUCUCGAUGCUCACGCUGUUAAGGAUAAUAUUAGAAUGGGGCUUAAGGAAAAGGGUUAUCAUGGUUAUAUCGAAUCAGUCUCCGCCUAUGGUGAUUAUCAGCAUAUGAGGGAUCGCUUUGGUGGAUUCUAUGUCAGUCACUGGCCCGAUAGAGAUGGGAGACGUACGAUGAUGUUGUUGGACUUUCUCAACUAUAACUUUGGCAAUCAUAACUCACCACCAGUGAAUUUGAUGCUAAUCCUUGGAGACAUCUCAGGAGACAUGGGGUUCAUCGGUGCUAUUCGGGCAAUCAAAAGAAAGUGCAAUGUUCUCUUAUCACAGCCUCAAAACAUAUCGGAGGUGCCAGAUGUACUUACAAAAUGGCCUUGGAAAAGCCUAGCUACUGGAGAAGACCUAAUGUGAAAACUCACAACUUGCUGCAUCAGUCUGAAUUCUAAAUUCACAGCUGUCCAAAUCUAAAGCUCACAACGUGUUGCGGAUCCUUAGAUCUGUUGCAUUAGUUGGUAUCAUGAUUGUUUUUCUUGUUAUAAGGAUUCUGUCCAGAGAAUCACCUAAGCAUCUCUUUUGUUCUUUGUUAUAAAACAUAUGAUCAUGGUUUUGUUUAGCGAUAUCUUGAAUCUUUAUCCUCUUUGGGAUGUUACACACUUGAGAACUUCAUGGAGUUUGUUA